AUGUCAUGUCCCCUGCAUCAUAUCAACAUACCUAUUCCCCUCCCUGUUAUGUUGAAAACCGUACACAUCCCUUCAACAGCCCCUGCGGCUGCGGCUGCGGCGGCCCGUGUGGCUGCGGUUGUAACUGUAGAGGAUGUGGAUGUGGGUGUGGAGGCUGCGGCUGUGGAGGUUGCGGCUGCGGAGGUUGCGGUUGUGGAGGUUGCGGUUGUGGAGGCUGCGGCUGUGGAGGCUGUGGAUGUUGCUCGCCAUGCUGCUGUGGUCAUCACUGUGGUGGCGGCGGCAGCGGCGGCUACCAAGGCAACCACUCCUGUGGACAAUGCGGCCAGUGUGGCGGUUGUGGACAUCACCACCAUCGAUGCGAGUACUGUUGUUGCGAUAGUUGCGACAGUUGUUGUGGCAGCGGCUAUCAGGGCUCAGGCCACCAAUGCGGCCAUUGCGGUGGUCAAAAUCACUACGGUGGCGGUGGAUGCGGGGGUUGUGGCUGCGGUUGUUGUUAGGUCAAAGAAGAGAAGAAAGGCAGCAGGUGCGUUGGAAUGUGCGGAAGAAAGUCAAGCUGUAAAAAACGAAGCAAUUGAGGUGCGCCGAACAUCUAUGUGCAGUCCACUCCUCUGGGCAUAUCUGCAUUGCUCUCAUGGACUCAUACUGCUUCACAUUAUCCCCUUACUUUCGCUUGCCUCUAAACGUUUGCUUUCUUUUCCUUAG